UAUAUAUACACCAAUCUUUUCUUUAUUUCUUAAUAUGAGAACUACUCAGGUUAGAGAUACGCUUUAUACGUUGUUACAAAGGUUUCGCUGAGACGCUGAGACUUCAAAACCGUUACGUUUGUCAAAAGUUACAGAGGUUUCAAUUUUCCUAUAUGUAAAAAGGCUAUGGGUCGCACAUCUUAGGUUCGGGGUCCCUGACACCCCAUAGUAGUCAUAGCAUGUCGUUAGUUGGAUGCAAUAACUGAGGUGGCGCUUGAAGAAUUUGGAUAGAUACGUUAUUAUGUGAAUAGGAAUUGGUUCGUACACUCUGGUUCGUUCUAGAAGUUUUUGGACAUAGCGACAAGUUUUGAGAGACGCGCGAAUAACGACAACGACGUCGACAUCGUGCACGACAAGUUAAACAUGUCAGAAAGUUCGGAUAGUAAAGUUGAUAUCGUCAACCCUAUGUCUGUGGCUGUACCAGCCGAUUCACCCAAGAAACCGGUCAAGUCUACAGCAGUUGUAAAAUAUUCAACUGUUCAGACACCAGCAACUUAUGCUCAAUUACAAUGUAAUACAGAUUUAAAUUUACCUCCAAGCAAUUGGUUAAGUAGCUCUGCAGAGAGUUAUGGAUUGCAGAGCGUUUGGUCUCAGACUUCUGGAUUUUCCAGUUUUCGUAUGGCACAUAUGUUUCCUGAUUGUGUCGGGGAAGUUGACGUGGUAUCUGAUGCAGAAAAUAUAAAGAAAUUGCUGAAGCUACCUUACAAUCAUGGAAUAAUAUCCAUGGUGGUUCAUAGAAUUGAAAAUACUUUACUAUUGGAUGAUUUUGAUAUUCAUAAGUAUUUGCUUAGACAAGCGGAAAGCGAUUGGGAAUGGCUGAAAAAAUUUUUUUACGAGCACAUUUUCCAAAAUCUAGGGGAUAAAGAGAAACGUCUGUUUCACAAGACAAGUAGUAGAAAUACUUUACAACAAAAAAACUUGGUAUCCAAGUUUUUGUAUCGCUCCAUAGUAGUAGCAGAUGAGAAAGAACAACACGUGAAACCACAGUUGCCUGUGAAAACAUUAGAACCUUGUUUACCAGAACCUACGCAAGAAGAAAAAGUGCCAGACCCAAAUUAUAAUCACAAUUUUGCAAGAAACAUUGUGUGGACUUUUGAAAAUAUACAGAUGCUUAUUGGUACCGAUAUGCCAAUAUUUGGAGGGCUAACACACCCUUGUAUAAGUCUGAGAUUAAGAGAUAUGACCAAACCCAUUAAUGUUUUAACCGGUAUAGAUUACUGGCUGGAUAACUUGAUGUGUAAUGUCCCAGAAGUGGUGAUGUGUUAUCAUUUGGAUGGUAUCGUGCAAAAAUAUGAAUUAAUAAAGACGGAAGAUCUUCCUAAUUUAGAUCAUUCUAAAUUCAGUCCGAAAGUUAUCAGAGAUGUUGCUCAAAAUAUUUUAAGUUUUUUGAAAAAUAAUGCAACCAAAGCUGGACAUACUUAUUGGUUGUUUAAAGGCAAGGACGAUGAGGUGGUAAAAUUGUAUGAUUUAACGUCUUUGUGUCACGAUGUAUCAGAUGAGAAGGGUCAAAAUCCAUUUACUGUACCUGUUGCUAUGCUACUGUAUAGGGUAGCUCGUAACAUGAAGUAUUCUUCCGAUUAUCAUAGACAACAGGGUACCAUUAGAAUGCUAUUAAAGAACUGCAUACAAUUGUUAACUAAAGAAAAGUAUCCUCAAAUUGUGACAUCGGCACAUUUUAUGUUGUCCGAUCUUUACAUACCAUCGGAUACAGAUCCAGUUAGUCCUGGAUUGUCCGAUCAGAGCGACGAAGAAGAUACUCAGAGCGAAUCUAGUGCAUUUCAUGAAAGCGAAAAGGAUGAGGAAGAAGAAAACGAAACGGAUGCAAUAAAAUCUUUGACAUUAGCUAAUAUCAAGGAACAUGCAGAAUGCGAGGAACCGAAAUACAAACCACCACCGAUUUCCGGCACAAUUAAAGAACGAUGUUUAGCUGCUUUAGAACACGUCUGUUACGGACUCGAAUGUUUACAAUACUUUCCGACCAAUGACAACACCGAAGAGGAAGAAAAAGAAGCAGAGGUACAGGAAAAGGUGAAGAAACAGUAUGAAGAAAGUCAUUUAAAUAUGGCAAAACCAUUUGAGGCAAUUCCCAUGCCUUAUACAUCCUUGAAGGAAAAGGAAAAGGAAAAGGAAAAGGAAAAGGAGGUUGAAAGAGAGGAAAAUUCGAUAAAUACUAGUCCUACUCAUAAGAAGAAGUUGAAACAAAAAAAGGGUAAAAAGGGUGAGAAAGUUAUAACGAAAGAAGAAACGAUAGAAAAUGAACCGAAAGCACUGUUAUGUAAGCUUAAGGCCGAAACUUUACCUACGUGGCAGGCGCCUAAAAAAAGCGAUAACAUCAGUUGGAAUGCUCACUUGAAGACACUAUUAUAUGAGAAAGCUUCGUUAAUCUUCGCUGUACUCGCGGAACAUGAAUACGCGAAUAGAAAUUAUGGGGCGUCACUGAGAUAUAUGUUAGCAGUAUUACGCUGUCAGAAGAUAUUGGAGAUCUUUUGUGGUAUAAGAAAUGACAAGUCGAUCAGUUAUUUAUUAGGUCGAGCGGGAGAUUGUUGCUUUAUGGCUGUACAAGAUUGGUGUAACGUUGAAAAACACAGAAAGGAUUAUGAAACGAAGAAUGGGAUCGAAGAAAGGAUCGUCGAAGAAAUAUGUAGUAUGGAAGAUUUAGAUAUGAAUGGUGCUGAAUUGCUGCCUCAACGUUUAGAGAGUUUGGAAUUUACUUUAGUAGCGUCUUACAAAUGUUACGAAAAAGCCUUAUCAUUAGAACCAUUGGAAAUGGAUAAAAAAAAUCUUUUAAGACGUUUAGGAAACAUUCAUAACGAAUUAGGUGUGCUUUACAUGAAUCAAGCUGGAACACGUUAUCAGCAAGAAAACGCAUCAGAAGAAACAGAAUCAUCUGCUGGUGUAACAGCGUUGCUUGCUCGUUCAUUAACUCAUUUAGAAGCGGGUGUGAAAGCUUUUGAAACGGUUCACGAUGAAGUAAAUUUAGCACUUUUACACUCAAAUACAGGAAGACUUAUGCGACUUUGCGCACACAUGCAUGUAAAAGAAAACAGCCAAGAACGUAAUUUCUAUAAUAAAGCACUUGCGAGUUAUCAAAAAGCGUUGCAAGUUUUAGGUUGUAGAAAGAGAAAUCCUAUGAUUUGGGAUACCAUUACAUGGGACCUGUCUACUACUUUGUUUACUAUGGCUACCUUGUUACAGGAUUAUCCAACGGGUGGAUGCAAAACAGAGGAAGAAUUGGAACGCGAAGUCGUCGAUAUUUUACAAAAAGCUCUGAAACAUUGCGAUAUCGAAACACCUGGACCACGGCAACCAGUAUAUCAAUUUCGUGCGGCAACUAUUCAACAUCGUCUCGCAUCUCUGUACCAUCGUGUUUACAGAGAAUACGAACCGGACACGGAUAACAUUAAAAGGAAAACAAGUUUACAAUUGUGCAAGUUGUAUUAUGAUAAGGCUGCAAAGUUGUUGUUAGCUUUAGAGCAACCUACAGAAUUUCUAACCGUACAAAUGGAAAGGGUUGCUUUAGCUGAACAUCAAGCACGUUGCGCAACAACCUUUAAUGGGAAAUUGAAAGCAUACCAAAACGGUCUGGAAUUAAUAUUACAAUGUAGACCUAUUAUGGAUAUAUUGUGUGAUAAAAACAACAGUAGUCAGAAACAGAAGAUAGAAUGUAGAAGAAAUGCUGUCAGGAACAAAGUAACGAAAGAUAUCCUCGAGGAAGGAAAAGGAAGCGAGGAAGAAAAGUUGAUAGAAGACGAAGAACGUUUAGUGGUGUUACUUGAACAGAGAUUACAAUUUAUCUUGCGAUCUCUAACGAAAUUAUUUGUUAGCAAGAACAGUAAUAAGAAAGAGUCUGAAACGCUGGCCAGCUUGUACAAACAGUGUUAUAGUAAAACAUUACGACCAGUCACAAUGACCGGUUUAACGUUAAUAGAACACAUUGCGCAACUUUUACGAGAAUUGGAGAAAAUGUUAUCGUCUAUAGAAUCUUGAACGUGCGAUAAAUAAGUAAAUACCUACAUACAUUGAAAGUGGCAGUUUCAAAGAGUGUACGAUUGGUCUUUAAUAAUUGGUCGAUCGGAGUCGGAGUUGCUGUCGUUAAUGCUGGCCAUUAACGCUUGUCAUUGCACGGUUAUGAGAGUAAGAUGUCGACGAGUUCUUUUCAGUCAUUGUAUCGAAAAUCCUGAAAAAAGACUUUUUUUAAUUCUAGCGUGUAAAUAGUGAAAUUGAAGCUCUUAUUUAUAUAUGAUUUAUAAGUGAAGAAUAAAUAGCUUCCAUACCAA